UUUACAUUGCGAGCGUGUUGUUAUUAUACGGGUCUUUUUCGGAUCGUGGUGACAGGAGUGGCUAAUUAGUGAAAUAUUGGACAUAUGCAAAAAUAAGUUGCGAAAAGCCUCCUUAAUCCGCGAUCAAUUUCAUUGUUUUAUUAAGACACCGCUAGGAAUAACGGUGAAAAAUCAGUUGGUAUUGAUUCCGAUAUUAAUCGGGUGGAAAUAAACAGCAAACAGCGCAAGGAACUAGUGUAGUCAGUGUUGAUCGAGUGGCUGUGUCAAUAAUUCAUUAUUUAGGAAUUUUAUUGACCGACAAGGUGAAAUCAGGACAUGGGGGACAGGUAUGGGUACUCUAGCCGGGCUCCGCUGCCACCACCUGUUUACACUAUUGAGGAACGAAGACCAGCGGACUAUAGAUAUGUGAAACGAAGGGACCUAGCGCCAAGUGAAUCCAGUUGGACCUCAGAAUAUAGGCGGUACACAGUCGAGGACCCACCAGAUGGCGGUACCUGGGCGUGGCUUGUUGUUCUUGCCUGUGGUAUUCUUCACCUUUGUAAUGAACUCGUCUUCUACCUGUUUUACGACACAAUUGUUAUCAACCAAUACAGAGCCAUACGAGGAGUUGUAAAGGACACAUACACGGAAUUUAUGGUAUUUGAAGACAUCAGAUUGACUGGGGAAAUUGUAGCAGCAUGUGUAUCAGUAUUUGUCGGUUACCGGGUGGUGGCGGCGUUCGGCUCUAUUUGUGUGGGUGCCGGCUUCCUUGCCGCCUCGUUUGUGGAUCCCAGCGAGGAGAUUGAAUUAAUGAACUUCCUUGUCGGCUUUCUUGGAGGGAUCGGAUGUUCCUUCUGGCGUUUUGCCGCCUAUGUAGCAGUAAUGGAAUAUUUCAAGAAACACAGAAUGGCUGCCCUUAUUCUGUCAGGAUUUGGUCGUGUUAUCGGUAUCUUCAUUGGAUAUGCAGUUCUUACUAAACCACUACAGGAUGUAUGGGAUUCGACAACAACAACAAGCGAGAUUGAAGACAUGACAGAAUGGGAAACCUACUAUCGUUGCCAAUUAGUUCCAGCAGGUGUCGCUUUUAUUGCCAGCUUAGUAAUAACUCCACUAACCCUGAUUAAAGGAAGGAGAACCGGAGACUGCGCUUGGUUCCUCAGGAUCAGAUCUACCCGUGUAUGUCGUGCUGGCAUGCUGCUCUUAGUCGUCUGCGUAUAUUUCCUUUAUUAUCUAGGUGAAUCUCUACCAAGUACCCAUAUAAUUUACUGGAUGAAGGGUGUGGGCUUUAGUACCAACCAUAUCCUCGGUGCCCUGUUCGCCUUUGCCUGUGGCGUUCUUGCUGGGUACCUGCUACUCGCCUUCUGGCCAAAGACAAAGAAGUUAUACGGUUCCAUGCUGUGGAUGGGCGCCCUCAGUUUGCUUAUUGGGCUUCUGACCCUUCAGUUACCCGUGUUUACCAACAACUACAUUUCAUAUGUUGCAACAUAUUCCGUUUUACUAGGAGGAUCACAAGUUAUGUUUGAAAUCCUCCUACGUUACGUCAUACCAAUUGCGUUUGGUCGUCAGUACAUCCGGUGGAUCGAGGGACUUCUGGGAUUGAUGGCAGGCAUCGCUACCAUAGCUAACAACUUCAUUGCAGAGGAACUGGCAGAAAGGUCUCCUGACUUUAUUAAGAAUGUUUUCUACUUUGCCGGCGCUGGGUUCGUCGCCGCCGGUGUCCUAGCCGUCGUCGUCAUACAAUUAGCAAUGUGCCUUCAGUUCAGUGACAGAAACCGUGAACGUGACUACCCGCCUGGUCCAAUGCCAGUUGAGAUUGUGGAGAAAGUCCCACGUGAACGGAGGAGGAGGGACGACUCCCCGCCAAGAUAUUACCAUGGAUACCAAUAUAGAUAAAUAAACUGUUCUUAAUAUAGAUAUUGCUUAUAUCUCAAAGAAAAAAUAUAUAUUACUUAGGCCAUCUUGAAGAAGAAAAAACACUCCGUCAGUCGUAUUGAGCUGCCAAGAAUCUACGCCGCGGAACAUCGGGCAACUGCUCCGAUAUUUAAAAAGAAAUCUACGGAAAAGUUAAAUGAUUUCCUUUUUUCUAAGAAGGUAUACGCCAAACGCCUAUGAAAAUGUUUUACGUCUGUCAACGACGUAGCUAUGCUUUGACCCAAACAGGUAAAUACCUCGAUGGUUUUUUUGUUCAAAACAAUACGUAAGCUUUAGAAUGUUGUUUCUUUUUCGAAGGAUGCAUGUAUAAGGUUCUACACUGAUAUUUUUUCAUAAAUCUCAUGUUGUGUCCUUGAAAGCUGAAAGUAUUUGAAUACACUGGUAUCGUGCAAUCAUAUGCAGUGUAACUGGAGUUUUUGGAAAAAGUUUGUUGAGCUUCAGAAUCACACAAAAUCGUAUUUAUCCCUUUUUUGCGCAAUUUAUAUAAUUUUGGUAUUAAUAUAGUAUAAAGUGAAAUCCCUCUAAACCAAACAAUCCCGAGACUGAUGGAAAAGUUCGGUUUUAAGAGGUGUCUGCUUUAAACAGGUUAUUUACAACUGGAUGAAACGUGCAGUUGUUCAGUUUUAAUAGGUUACUUUUUUGUAGGGGUUCCGGUAUAGAAAGGUUCCACUGUGAUGUAUAGUCUAUACUUUGUUUGGUAGUCUGUUACGUCUAUCUGGUACUAUUAUUUCUCUGACCUGUUGAUAUUUCUGGUGAUAUUAUAUGAAUUGAUUAUUUUUCUGUUAUAUUUUAUAAACAGAUUUAUUUUAUUUAGUUGUAGCACAAUUCAGUGUGCAUAGUCUGUGUAGAGCACACCCUCACAUAUCACACUAAUGACUAAGUGUCAUGGCCUCUUCCACGGCGGCCUUCAGUUCUGCUCCUUCAGUGCCCAGUGUUCUUAGUUUCAAAAUGUGAUCAAAAUGCUGCCAUCGAGACACUAUGGCUGACGGCAAUAUCAUCAACUGAAACAUGCCUCAUAUCAUUAAAUAUUAUGGCCGAAAGAACAGACCAUCUUUAAUCCAAUUUCAAUUGUAUCUUCAUAGUUUUACAAAUUUUUCGAAGGAUGCAUGUAUAAGGUUCUACACUGAUAUUUUUUCUUAACUCUCAAGUUGUGUCCUUGAAAGCUGAAAGUAUUUGAAUACACUGGUAUCGUGCAAUCAUAUGCAGUGUAACUGGAGUUUUUGGAAAAAGUUUGUUGAGCUUCAGAAUCACACAAAAUCGUAUUUAUCCCUUUUUUGCGCAAUUUAUAUAAUUUUGGUAUUAAUAUAGUAUAAAGUGAAAUUCUUCUAAACCAAACAAUCCCGAGACUGAUGGAAAAGUUCGGUUUUAAGAGGUGUCUGCUUUAAACAGGUUAUUUACAACUGGAUGAAACGUACAGUUGUUCAGUUUUAAUAGGUUACUUUUUUGUAGGGGUUCCGGUAUUGAAAGGUUCCACUGUGAUGUAUAGUCUAUACUUUGUCUGGUAGUCUAUCACGUUCAUAUGGUACUGUUAUUUCUCUGACCUGUUGAUAUUUCUGGUGAUAUUAUAUGAAUUGAUUAUUUUUCUGUUAUAUUUUAUAAACAGAUUUAUUUUAUUUAGUUGUAGCACAAUUCAGUGUGCGUAGUCUGUGUAGAGCACACCCUCACAUAUCACACUAAUGACUAAGUGUCAUGGCCUCUUCCACGGCGGCCUUCAGUUCUGCUCCUUCAGUGCCCAGUGUUCUUAGUUUCAAAAUGUGAUCAAAAUGCUGCCAUCGAGACACUAUGGCUGACGGCAAUAUCAUCAACUGAAACAUGCCUCAUAUCAUUAAAUAUUAUGGCCGAAAGAACAGACCAUCUUUAAUCCAAUUUCAAUUGUAUCUUCAUAGUUUUACAAAUUUUUGAACCUGUUGCUGUUACUUUUGUAUCAAAUAUAAGAUGUGUGUAAUACUUGUUGUAGAAUUGACUUAUAUACAUUAUGUAAUGUGUAUGUAUACAUCAACAUGAAUAGUUUCAUAUAGUUUUACAUAACUAAUACAAGUAUAAUACCAACA